UGGCAGAGAGCAACAAAACAAAUACUUAAACAAAUCUCAAAAUACCCAUAAAAGAACCAAAUAAAAAUCAAGAAAAGAGAAAAACAAUUCAAAGAAUCAAAAGCCCAAAACACCUCUCUGUACGCACUCUGCACUCAAAGUCCCAUAGAAAACGACCGCCAAAACAAGAACCUACUUGCUCCCUUCUCUGGCUUCAUUAGUCUUCUUUGCAUAUAACUAAGAAGUUAUAAACAAAGAUUUGUACUAAAACUGCAGAUUUUUAUUGAGAGAGUUGAAGAGAGAGAGAGAGAGAGAGAGAGAGAGAGAGAGCAACUGAUGGGUAUUAGUAAAGUUAGAAUUUUGAGCAUGUAGAAAGUGAAAAAGGGAAUCUUUUUGUAUUUCUUAUGGCAUGCCACCUGAGGAGGAAGAACAAGCAUUACAGUUGCGUAGGACGUUUUUAUUCAAAGAGAGGUCGUUUUAUUAUAGAAAGAUUAAUCAUAAUUUCUUCUUGAUUUUUUCUUUACUAAGCCAAUGAAAAGUUCCCGUCGGUUCUUGCUUAUCUUCUUGCUCUUCUUUGCUUCAAUUGGACGUCUAAAAGUGCAAGCAUUCACUGGAACAUAUGGAAUAAAUUACGGAAGAAUUGCUGAUAACAUCCCUUCGCCUGAUGAAGUUGUUACACUUCUGAGGGCAGCAAAGAUAAAAAAUGUUCGGAUUUAUGAUGCUGAUCAUAGUGUUCUCAAGGCAUUUAGUGGGACAGGGCUUGAACUUGUAGUUGGGCUUCCAAAUGAUUAUGUCAAAGAAAUGAAUGCUAAUGCAAGUCAUGCCUUGACUUGGGUUAAAGAAAAUGUGCAGGCAUUCCUCCCAGGGACAAGUAUUUGUGGGAUUGCAGUGGGGAAUGAAGUUUUAGGAGGUAGUGAUUAUGAACUCUGGGAAGCUCUUUUGGGUGCGGUUAAAAAUGUUUACAAUGCCUUAAACAAACUUCAUUUAGCCGAUAAAAUUCAGAUUACUACAGCACAUUCGCAAGCUGUUUUUGCCAAUUCCUUUCCUCCUUCUUCGUGUGUAUUCAGAGACAAUGUUGUCCAGUUCAUGAAACCACUCUUACAGUUCUUCUCGCAAAUUGGCUCUCCAUUCUGUUUGAAUGCUUAUCCAUUCCUGGCGUACAUGGGUGAUCCAGGGAAUAUUGAUAUUAAUUAUGCUCUUUUCCAGAAAACUCAGGGUAUUUAUGAUCCAAAAACUGAUCUGCAUUAUGAUAACAUGCUUGAUGCUCAAAUUGAUGCAGCUUAUGCUGCAUUGGAAGAUGCUGGAUAUAAAAAGAUGGAAGUCAUAGUUACUGAAACAGGUUGGGCAUCCCGAGGGGAUGACAAUGAAGCUGCAGCAACAUCUGAUAAUGCAAGAACAUUUAAUUAUAACCUUCGUAAAAGACUUGCAAAAAAGAAAGGUACUCCUUUCAGGCCCAAAAUUGUGCUAAAGGCAUAUAUUUUUGCAAUAUUUAAUGAGGAUUUGAAGCCUGGACCAACUUCUGAGAGGAAUUUUGGACUUUUCAAGGCUGAUGGGAGUAUCUCAUAUGAUGUUGGUUUUCGUGGACUUAAAUCUUCUUCUGCGUACUCAUCACUUUUAUCUUUGAAGGCAGUGCGAGACCAAGGUUUUUCCAGUUCUUGUUUUUUGACAUUGACAAUAUCUGCUGUGGCAUCUCUAAUAUUUUUAAGACAAUGAUGUUGUGCGGUUAAUGGUCAUCAUUAUAUGUUAGAGGAAAACCAGUUGUAGGUCUGAUACCAUUCUGCUACUUGAUAAAGUUUAAAAAUACAGCAUUUAUUAUUAUAUUAUUUGCAUAAAGAUAUCUGCUAGUAAUAGCUGAUCAUUAUCUUUCUCAGAAAAUAUAAAUUUAGUUUUUGCCGGAUGGAACCUUUCUUUUCUGGAGUACAUGGUGCUUCUUUUUGGGUUUACAUUAUUUCUACAAAGUCGAGUGACACACAUAUUCUGUUCAAUCAAGCUCAACACUGGGUUUGAACUGGAAUUACAGCAAAAGGGAUUAUUUCAGAACUGCCGCACUAAAGUUAUACGUUACAAAUUUUAAGUUGUUGUAGUCUCAGCAAGUCACAGAUGAAGCCUCCCUAGGAUCAGUCUGUUCCGGAUGAUAAUUUUUUCCCCCACUGAAAUACUGGCCAAUUCCGAGCCGGGUCUGUUUCCCUUUUCCUCAGACUGGUUCAUGUGCGAACUGGAGUAGUGGCCAUGCAAUUGCUAGUUAGAAAUCCAUAAACAUUGCCUUCCAUUUGUUUUGCAGCAGCAGAAUCCAUUUGAGCAUGAGUAGUUAGAUAAUCAAAAAGGAAAUUAUAUUGUAAAACCGACCAGAGUUAUUUAAAGGCAAGUGGUGGGUUUUGGUCA